AUGAGUACCCAACUACGUCCGUGUUUUCAACGGGCUUUUAAAAUCAGUCAGCUUCCUUUGGCGGACUAUUUGGAUUCCCUCGCACCUCACUGCCGAGAACAACUUUCAACACGCAUCCAAAGCCCAUCUCUGCGCUCCAUUCGCUGGGUAGGUUUUACUCGUGUCUCAUUUACUUUUCCUUCUAGAGCUUUGGUCGUUCUUCUUCACCUACUGUCACAUGGAGGGCUCUAUUGAAAUUUGUUUUUUUUUCAAUUUUAGCCCCUCGAAGGCUACUUCAAGAAGCCGUUGCAUAACUGGUCGUCGUACCUAACCCUCCUUCGGCACCCUUUUGGCACCAGCAUACCCCGCCGUUCGGGAACUAAGACGGACAGACUUCUGACAGAAUGGGGCAUGCAGACUGAUUGUACUGUCUUGAGCGGCUUCUGGGUGCCCCGGUGA